AUGUCCAAGAAGAUUCUGUUUGACGACUUCUUGAAGCAGCAGCAACUGCUGGCUCAACAACAGGGGUACAGAAAUGGUCCCGGUUCCAAUUACCAGUACAACCAGGGUUUUCAGGCCGAUCCCAACAGUUAUCAAAAUUAUCAGGCUUACGAUCCCUCCCAGUACCAAUACAAUCCAAACCAGUACCAAUACAAUCCAAACGCCCAGAGCUUCAACUUCCACUCUCCUCAAUACGACGGAACUCCAGGUCCGGAGUCUGGUGUAAGCAGUGGCGUCAGCACGCCUAAUGCUUACUCGUCAACCGCUUCAUUGGCAUCAUUGAACACGGCAUUGAACAAAUUGUCGGUAGAUUCGCCACUUGCGGAAAACUUGGCAGCGCUUCAGUCUGUUGCUAAGAUCUCAGAAGCUAGAAAAGAGGCCGAGGCUAUCGCUAGUAAGGUGGUUGCGCAGCCUUCGAUGAAGGUUGUGGAAGAAUGGAAACUUCUUGAGGUGCUCAAGUCUUUGUCCAAGCCUAAAAACCUGCCCAUCGUUCGUGAAUCGGCCUUGCUUAUUGUGCAACAAUUGGCUCUCAAAUUGGGAGGAAACAGUCCAAAGGAAGCCCAUUUGCUUCCAUUCAUUGGAUCUGUGUUUGAUUUAUUUACAGACAAGGACAAGAACAUCGUCAAGGCGGCUAAACAGACCAUCGACACGCUUUACGGAACUUUCCCAGUAGAGGCCUUGGGCAGUGUCUUCUUUGACGAAUUGGUGGCAUAUUUGAAGUCAUCUGCCAAGUGGAACUCGAAAUUGCCUGCUUUGGCUAUUUUUGACAAGUUGGUGGAAGAAGUUCCUGCCGAUUUGUUGGAGAUGAAGUUUAUUACCGGUGUUCCAGUUUUGACCGAUUUGGCAACAGAUUUUAAGCCUGAAUUGGCCUCGCAGGGUUUGAAGAGCUUGAAGAAGUUUGUUAAGGUGUUGGACAACUUGGACUUGCAGAACAAAUACGACUUGAUUGUUGACACAUUGGCCGACCCAAGAAAAGUACCUGAAUGUAUCAAGAACUUGUCUUCUGUUACAUUUGUUGCCGAAGUGACCGAACCGGCUUUGUCUCUUUUGGUGCCUAUUUUGGAUAAGUCCUUGAAGAUGUCCUCUUCUUCCAACGAUCAAUUGAGACAGACUGUCACAGUUACAGAAAACUUGACUCGUUUGGUUAACAACAAAAGAGAAAUUGAGUCUUACAUUCCAAUCUUGUUGCCUGGUGUUGAGAAGGUGGUGAACAACGCUUCUUUGCCCGAGGUUAGAGAGUUGGGUGCCAAGGCUUUGCAUGUUUUGAAGGAGGCUGAAAGUGAGCAGACUGACGGAAAAUUCCAUGGCCGUAUUUCUAUUGAACAGGCUGCCGCUUUGUACCGGGAAAACUUGUCCGAUGACCUCAAGGAGAUCUCGCAACAGCUUCUUCUGUGCGAGAUUGAAGCUUCGUACUUGGAAAUUAUUUUGCAGGUGGAUGCUAAUGUCAAUGAUUGGAAACGUUUGGCCGAGUAUUUGGCGUUGGCGCUUGAAAGUGUCGAUGCGGACGAGGAAUUGAAGCAAAAAUAUGCCCACGAAGUUCUUCACAAUGUCAAGGAAAUGUUUGCCGACAGAACCCAAAGCUCCAAUGAGGAUGACGACGGAGCGGUUGAAAUUGUCAACACAGACUUUUCCUUGGCGUACGGAUCUCGUAUGUUGUUGAACAAGACCACUUUGCGCUUGUUGAAGGGCCACAGAUAUGGUUUGUGUGGUCGUAACGGUGCUGGUAAAUCCACAUUGAUGAGAGCCAUCUCUAAGGGUCAAUUGGAAGGUUUCCCAUCGCCAGAUGAGUUGCGCACCUGUUUUGUCGAGCACAGAUUGCAAGGCGAGGAAGGUGACAUGGAUUUGGUGAGCUUCAUUGCGUCCGACCCAGAGUUAUCCAGCGUCAGCCGUGAAGACAUUUCCAGUGCUUUGAAGCAAGUCGGUUUCCCAGACGAACGUUUGGAACAACAUGUUGGUUCUUUGUCUGGAGGAUGGAAAAUGAAAUUGGAGUUGGCUCGUGCCAUGUUGAUGAAGGCAGACAUUUUGCUUUUGGAUGAACCUACUAACCACUUGGAUGUCGCCAAUGUGCGUUGGCUCCAGAACUAUCUUGUGGAAAAUACCGAGAUUACUUCUUUGAUUGUGUCGCACGACUCUGGUUUCUUGGAUGCUGUGUGUACUGACAUUAUCCACUACGAGAACAAAAAAUUGGCUUACUACAAGGGUAACUUGUCUGAGUUCGUCAAGGUUAAGCCAGAAGGAAAGUCUUACUACACUUUAACUGACUCCAUGGUCAAAAUGGCCUUCCCUCCUCCAGGUAUUUUGUCGGGUGUGAAAUCCAUCACCAGAGCUAUUGCGCGUAUGAGUCAUGUAACCUUUGCCUACCCUGGCGCUGCUAAGCCAUCUUUGAAGGAUGUUUCUUGCAGUUUGUCUUUGUCUUCACGUGUGGCAAUUGUUGGACCUAACGGUGCUGGUAAAUCUACUUUGAUUAAGUUGUUAACAGGUGAGUUGGUUCCUAACGAAGGAAAGGUGGAGAAGCACCCUAACUUGCGUAUUGGUUACAUUGCACAACACGCUUUGCAACAUGUGGAGCAACACAAGGAGAAGACUGCCAACCAAUACUUGCAAUGGCGUUACCGUUUCGGUGAUGACCGUGAGGUGUUGUUGAAGGAAUCCCGUAAAAUUUCUGAGGAAGAGAAGGAAAUCAUGGCUAAAUUGAUUGAUGUUGGCGACGGACAAGGUCCUCGUAUGAUUGAGGCUCUUGUUGGAAGACAAAAGUUGAAGAAGUCGUUCCAAUACGAGGUCAAAUGGCGCCACUUUUUGCCAAAGUACAACUCGUGGCUCUCUCGUGAAUUCUUGAUCGAAGAAGGUUUCGGCAAGUUGAUUCAGAAGUUUGAUGACCACGAGGCAUCCAGAGAAGGUUUGGGUUACCGUGAGUUGACUCCUCCAGUGAUUAGAAAGCAUUUUGAAGAUGUUGGAUUGGACGGUGACAUCGCUGACCACACUCCUAUGGGUUCUCUUUCUGGUGGACAAUUGGUUAAGGUUGUCAUUGCUGGUGCCAUGUGGAACAACCCGCACUUGCUUGUUCUUGACGAGCCUACCAAUUAUUUGGAUAGAGACUCCUUGGGAGGUUUGGCUGUUGCCAUUCGUGACUGGAGUGGAGGUGUGGUGAUGAUUUCGCACAACAACGAAUUCGUCGGUGCUUUGUGUCCAGAACAAUGGCACGUGGAAAACGGUGAAGUUGUUCAAAAGGGAACUGCUGCUGUGGACAGCGGAAAGUUUGCUGAUGACUCCAAGGAAGGAACACCAGUUCCAGAAGUCAAGAAGAGACUGGACGACAAUGACUCGCCUGCCGACAUUAAGGUCAGAACCAGAAAAAAGAAGAUGACCCGUAAUGAGAAGAAGGCUCAAGCGGAGAGAAGAAGAUUGCGUCAUAUCGAAUGGUUGAGCAGUCCUAAGGGCACACCAAAGCCAGUGGACACUGACGAUGAAGAGGAGUAG